AUUCAGGUACGUCAUUUCCUGAUUUUCUAUCUGUUGGUGUUCCAACAACUGGUACCACGAUUACAAGUCUUCCAAACUCUUUAGUGAUUAUUCCUCGAGGUUAAAACUGUUCUUCUAUACUCUUUGGCACUAAUGCAAGACCCAGAGAUGAUCACAAUUUAAUUUUACCCACUGUACUGAAGACGUCAAGAAAACAACUCACGAGACUCCUGCCGCCCUCAGCUUAAAAUUUGAUUUUGACAAUGCCAAAGAAGAAGCGCUCGCGCAGAGGGCUUAAUUUGAAGGUUGCUGCUGUAGCACGCAGGAUCUUAAAAGCCAGUGAAAUGGCAAAGGCCCUGGAAGAGAAGGAGGCGGAGCUGAAGCCCACUCUGCAGAAGCUGAUGAUCUCGUCUGACUCCCAGACGAAGGUCAACCUGAAGGAGAUGUCCCAGGAGGCCAACAGGGAGGAGGUCAAAGGCAUGCCCAGGUUUGGGAUUGAGCUGGUACAUCUCUCCAACCCAGAGGGCUUGGGUGUUGACGAGGACCUUCCCCUGCCUGGGCUCCAUGGCCCAUCCCCUCCCCCAGCCCGGGUUUCACCUGACAGAGAGAGAGCGCUCAGGGCUCAGAGGGUGGAACAGCCCAGAGUAGUGUCAGGGUCCCCUGUCUCUCUGGAGGACCCUAACUUGUGUCAUGGCCACAAUGGAGAAGUGGUCCACAGAGCUGAGAAGAAGAAGAGGUGUAACACUGAUAGCGGAUUACCUGGUGUAUCUGCUGACCACAGCGGGAAAAGGCAGAAAGUGAAACUAAAGAAUGCAGACCAGGUGGGUCAGCUGUUGGCCGUGUCUCUGAAGGAAGAGGAGCUGAGCCAAUCCAUGCUGGCCUUGGACACGUCUCUUAACCAGGCCCAAAGCUCACUGCAGGCUGCCUUCAUCAAAGUUCAGCAGCUCCUGGUGACCAAACAGCAGGUGGUUACAGAGAUCAAUUGUCUGCGAGCCAGGCGUGUUGAAGAAUCUUCUCUGGGAAACACCGUCUUUUGAAAUUCCUUUUUCGAACAAAAACAAUAACGAGACCCAGUGAUGUCAUUUCCUGUCUGCCACCUCUGAUCUGCAAGUGGAUACUCUGUGGUAACUACUAACGACGACAUAGCUACAGCACUGUUGACCCACAACUCCCUUCCUACUCCUCUUGUGCUGUCAUACUCCUUCGUGGCCUCCUCCAUCCUGCCCCCUGUGGCCUGCUCUCCUCCCUCUCUGACUGUCUCUGCACACACUGGGCCCCUUGCACCCUGCCUUGCCCUCCACAGUCAACCCUGACCCCCCAACACCUACCCCUCUCCAGGUUGCCAAGUCAGAUGGACAAGCUUUCCCACCCAGUCUGGAAACGGUAAAGUCUGACCCGAUCCUAGAGGCUCCAAAUCUGACCCAGAAGAAGAAGGUUCGGAGAGAAACAUGAAGUCAACCAGAUUCCAUUUAAUUCAUAUG